AUGGCGUUUCCUCAGCCUAAUGCACAGAGAGAAUUAACAAAUCGGAAGAUAUUGGAAGAAUUACAGUUGAAAAAGCAGAUGCUUUUGAAGCAGGGUGCAGUGGCUCCCCUUACCGCGACAACUAUAUCUCUCACUCAGCCAAGCCCUGUUAGUCAGUUACCUAUGUGCUCUAUUCCUCCACUUUCUGCAACCGCUGGCUUUCCCCAACUCCCAGAAGCAAAUAUAGUCAACACAAGCCACCGAGCAGCGUUACAACACGCCAACGCGACAUCCUGUGGCUACUUUGUGUCGCAAGACUCAUCAUUUGGAAACCAAAUAUUGCCAGGCCACCUGGGAUCAUUAUCUGGAUUCUCGAAACCCAAAAUUGAAUAUGAACAAUAUGAAACUCCUUCGCACAUUGCUGCAGUGGCACUUUACACAGUGCAGACACAAUAUGAAGCGUUAGAAAAUAAGUUAGUACUAGAUGCGGGUUGUGGUCCUGGAAUGCUGUCAUUUGGAGCAUCACUGCUUGGUGCAGGGGCUAUAUUGGCUGUAGAUAUUGAUGAAGAAGCUCUGAAUGUACUUGGAGAAAAUAUAGAAGACACAGGAGUUGACAAUAUUGAUGUUGUUCAGUGUGAUUUUCUUUCACAUGAUAUGUUUAGAUGUGAAAAUUACUUUGACACAGUUAUUAUGAACCCACCAUUUGGCACCAAGAAUAAUGCUGGAGUAGAUAUGAAGUUUCUUAAAAUGGGACUUGCUCUUAGUAGCGACAGUGUUUACUCACUACAUAAAUCUACAACAAGAUCCCAUAUACAAAAGAAAGUCAAGGAGUGGGGGGUAGAAGGCAGUGUUAUAGCGGAGUUACGUUAUAAUCUGCCAUCCACGUAUAAAUUCCAUAAACAACAGACCAAGGACAUUGCGGUUGAUCUAUGGAGGUUACAUCAUUCGCAUUUAUAA